AUGUGUGCUCAGAGAGCCUGCGACUGCAUGAAAACUAACAUCUGUACAUGGUGUAAAUUGACGGUAACAAAAGUCUAUGAAACGACGAAGACAAGGACAAUAGAAUCUGACUAUGAGCAACCAGAAACUUCCAAACCAGCGCUGGCACAGCCAGUACCGGCACAGCCAGUACCGGCAAAGCCGGUGGAAAGGAAGAAGCGUAUCCGGAAGAAAGUGGACACUUCAAAGUUCAUGACUCCUUACAUUGCACACAGUCAGAAAAUGCGGGAUCUCUUUAGCCCGAAUAAAUACAAGGAGAAUUUUGAGAAAGCAAAAGGACAGCCAUAUGCCAUCACAACUGAUAACCCAGAACUUCGCAGAAUCAAGAAAGUACAAGAUCAACUCAGUGAGGUUAAGUAUCGAGUAGAUGGCGAUGUUGCCAAAACUAUUUGUCACGUAGAUGAAAAAGCAAAGGACAUUGAACAUGCCAAGAAAGUGUCGCAGCAAGUCAGCAAGGUUUUAUACAAGCAAAACUGGGAGGACACCAAGGAUAAGUACCUGCUUCCUCCUGAUGCCCCUGAACUUGUCCAAGCUGUUAAGAACACAGCCAUGUUCAGUAAGAAACUGUACACUGAAGACUGGGAAGCAGACAAAAGUUUGUUUUACCCAUAUAAUGACAGCCCGGAGCUGAGGAGGGUUGCCCAAGCCCAGAAAGCUCUCAGUGAUAUUGCCUACAAAAAAGGUCAUGCUGAACAGCGAACUCAAUUCACAUCCCUGCCAGAUCCUCCAGAUAUAGAAUUUGCCAAGAAAGUGACCAAUCAAGUGAGCAAGGUAAGUAAAAAGCACCGGGAUGUUGUCUCUUGAAAACUUUCUUAAUCAUCUCAACUAGAGGAGAAAGUAACUAAA